GUCGGCGACUUCGAGGUCCGGCGAUCAGUUGAGUUUUGUGCGUUGUGCGGUGAAGUUGCGCCUCCGUUCCCAAAGAUACUCGAACUGUGUGGUGCAUCCUUGUCAGACUCCUUGCCGAGCAGAAGAAUCAAAAUCAUUUAAAACAAAAUAUUAAAAAGGGCUGCGCAGUCGCAAUCGCUUUUGUUUUGCUUUUUGAACAAAUCCCCAAAUAAGACAGAAAUAUGAGAGAAAUUGUCCAUCUGCAGGCCGGCCAGUGCGGCAACCAAAUCGGCGCUAAGUUUUGGGAGAUUAUUUCCGAGGAGCAUGGCAUCGACAGCAACGGCAUCUACGUGGGCGACAGUGAUCUUCAGCUGGAGCGCGUUAGUGUCUACUACAACGAGGCUUCUGCUGUGAGCCGGUCUUCGGGGGGCAAGUAUGUGCCCAGGGCCAUUCUGCUCGAUCUGGAGCCGGGCACCAUGGAGUCGGUGCGCUCAGGUCCCUACGGACAGCUCUUCCGGCCGGACAACUUCGUCUUCGGCCAGUCGGGAGCCGGAAACAACUGGGCCAAGGGUCACUACACCGAGGGCGCCGAACUGGUGGACAAUGUCCUGGAUGUUGUGCGCAAGGAGUGCGAGAACUGUGACUGCCUGCAGGGCUUCCAACUGACCCACUCCUUGGGAGGAGGAACUGGCUCCGGUAUGGGCACCCUGCUCAUCUCCAAGAUCCGCGAAGAGUACCCGGAUCGCAUCAUGAACACCUACUCGGUGGUGCCCUCACCGAAGGUCUCCGACACUGUGGUGGAGCCCUACAACGCCACCCUGUCGAUCCACCAGCUGGUGGAGAAUACAGAUGAGACGUACUGCAUCGACAACGAAGCCCUGUACGACAUCUGCUUCCGCACCCUGAAGGUGUCGAACCCCAGCUACGGGGAUCUGAACCACUUGGUCUCGCUGACCAUGUCCGGAGUGACCACGUGCCUGCGCUUCCCCGGCCAGCUGAACGCCGAUCUGCGCAAGCUGGCGGUCAACAUGGUACCAUUCCCGCGUCUGCACUUCUUCAUGCCCGGCUUCGCGCCGCUCACCUCCCGCGGCUCCCAGCAGUACCGCGCCCUGACCGUGCCGGAGCUGACCCAGCAGAUGUUCGAUGCCAAGAACAUGAUGGCCGCCUGUGAUCCGCGUCACGGCCGCUAUCUGACAGUGGCCGCCGUCUUCCGUGGCCGCAUGUCCAUGAAGGAGGUGGAUGAGCAGAUGCUGGCGGUGCAGAACAAGAACAGCUCGUACUUUGUGGAAUGGAUUCCGAACAACGUGAAGACUGCCGUGUGCGACAUCCCGCCAAAGGGACUGAAGAUGUCCUCGACCUUCAUUGGCAACACCACAGCGAUCCAGGAGCUGUUCAAGCGCAUCUCUGAACAGUUCUCGGCCAUGUUCCGGCGCAAGGCGUUCCUGCAUUGGUAUACCGGCGAGGGCAUGGAUGAGAUGGAGUUCACCGAGGCGGAGAGCAACAUGAAUGACCUGGUGUCGGAGUACCAGCAGUACCAGGAGGCCACCGCCGACGACGAGUUCGAUCCGGACGUUAAUCAGGAGGAGGUCGAGGGCGAUUGUAUUUAAUGGUGUGGCCAGAGGAAUGAGGUGCGUGCGUAAGGAGGGGGAGCGCCUGUUUCUGCGUGGCAUGCGGCAGCAGCUGUCGGCCAAGCACUGCAGCAUCCUCUGACACCAAAACUACACACACACAGGCACACAGUUACACUCACCACUACUGACACACAGCACACGGACAGCCACACACAACACAACCACGGAUACUGACAGCCAGACACUGAGACACCAAGACACCGAAACACCGACAGACCGACAGGAAGGUCAAGCGUAGUUAGAACAUCAAACGGAAAUGUUCCAAAAAGCUCAUACGUCCUCCUCGCCCCAUCUUUCUAAUUGUAUCUCUAACCACUAUCAUCUAUCAUCUCUCCAUUCGCAUCUGUCAUCCCUACCUUCAUCUUCAUCUUUAUCAUCUUUUUUGUGUCACCCUCCGCUACGCUAUUUACACUUUACACGGAGGCACGUCUAUCGCAUUUCUCGCAGCCAUUUUCUCACCCGUUUUUCCAGCCCCCAGCUUUCCAUCACUCUUCCCCCCACAAUCAUCCAUGAUUUUUUCACUAAUUUAGGAAACUCAUCAUAUCCUGAGUCUAAUACGAUUAUUUAUCGACAACCACAAGUAUCUAGUAUUUCAAAUAAAAACGAAUUUAUACAGAAAUCUCGAGAAAUGUCCAAGAAAAUUUGCAUUCAAGACUGACGAAAGCAGUUUGGCAAUAAAAAAGAUAUAUACAUAUAUAUAGAGUUAUAUAUAGAAGACGAUACAUGAUACAAGCUUAUCCAAAGAUAAUCGACAACUCUCAUGAGAUCCUCCAAUAAAGGCAAUUUCUAAAAUCAUCCGCAAUUGUAUUUACAUAAUCUUAGGGCACAAAUUAUUAAUUUUGUAUUCGUGUGCAGUACUUUCUCUUGUAGUUUUAUAUAAAAAUAAAAACAUUUUUACCCAAAUAAAUGACUAAUAAUGGCAAAUGGUUUUUGGCAAACUAA